GAAGAUGAUGACAGCGAACCAGCAGCAAAGAGACCCAGGUUAUCAGAUACUCAGGCAAAUGAGGAAAUGCUGUCAAAGGAACAGCUUAUGUACUGUUUGCUUUAUGUGUCUGUCAGAGUUCUUGACCGUAUAGAAACAUGGACGAUUGUUUAUCAAUCCAUUAUCUUAAAUGGUGCUUUCCGAGCCUAUGAACUGGCCAAUGUUUCUGGCUUGAACCUUGGAGAUAGUUGGAAUUCCCUUAAAUACCAGCUGACAACAAGAUGCUUGCCAAAAGUUGAAGAGGUGCCAAUUUUUAGGGCAGUGGCCAACAUGAAUGCAAACUUACUUUUGAAGACCUCCUGUAUACCACUGAGUCUUGCAGCAUUCCUUGUGACUAGUGGAGAUUUACCAUCAAGAACCCAAGCUGACCUUUGCCUCAAGGCCUUGACCGAUUCCCAUAUUCCUUUAUCAGGAUCCACAUUCAUAAAGUUUAGCAGUUCACCACUGCAAGAGUAUGAAAGACUGAUGAAGCCAUUAUUUCCUACAGAGAAUAGUGAAUUUCAUGUAAAGCUUGCAGAAAAGUUUAUGUUACAUCUUGAUAUUGUCCAGGACAAGGACUUUAUAAAAACUGCCCUGUAUUUCUUCAUGGACCAAGUAGAAAGAUUUGAAUACCCAGUGAUAAACACUGACAAUAGAUUACUUCUUACCAGAUUGAUUGUCAGAUUUAUAAGUGAAGAAUGGGUUCCACCUACUGAUGAAAAUAGUGUUGCCAAAAUACAUAAAGCCUUAUGUGUAUUACUGAUGUCAUCACCUGGAGCAACAGCAUCUGUGAUGUUUUACUUGUUAGAAAUAUGGUUCAAAGUUUGUAGGUUCUUCAACUUUCAAAAGAUGACAGAGUUAUUGAAAACUGCAAAACAAGCUGGAGAUCUUGUUUGGCAAAAAUCUGGAAUUAGAGAACUAGUCCUUACAUGUUUAGGCAAAGAUUGUAUACAGGAAGAGUAUUAUAGUGCCAAACUGGUGAAGCUGUUCUUUCCAUUUCAAAGAGUACUGUCUGAUGUCUUGGAUAUUGUUUCAAGUAACAAGAAAAAUUAUUCUCAAGUGUCUUUGAUGAAAAUGAGCAAGCAUGCUCAGCAGGUGGAGGAAGAUGAUAUUUUCUCUUGUGAAAUUAGUGUGAGUUUUUUAAUGAUGGCUUUGGAAGCUUGUGAAGAAAAAUGCAGAUAUAAAGUCGAGUACAAACCAAGUGUUGCAGAACAAAGAUACUUCACACAUUUCUUUAGACUUAUUACAGCCUCUCUCACAGAUGAUGUGAUUGCAACACCCAAAUUUUCAAACCUGUUGAAAAUUUUGAAAAAGGUGUUCAUCUUAAGUUAUGAUCUAAUGAUGGAAUUUCUGUCUGUUCUAAAACAAUCUGAAGUUGGACAAAGAAAUAUGAAAACAUGGUUUGGCGACACCCUUAUUGAACAUUACAAGAAAAAGUUUUAUGAUGAAGUACGUAACAUGCCGACUUCCAGCUCUAAGUAUGAAAGAUUUAUAGGAAGAUUAAAAGAUGCUCUACAGGAAUGUGAAAGAUAUGCUGACAGUGUAGAUGAUGCAAAAUCUAGGUUCAAGCUACGCAUCAUCAAUGAUCUGACCUUUGAAUUCAGCAGAAAGACCAGAUUUUGUAGAAGGUUGAAUGAGGAAUUCUAAAAUAUCUGAUUGGACAAAUCUAUUAUGGAUUAAUUUUGAAUUCAUAAAGACCUUAUUAACAUGCUUGAUUGCGUAAACAUUUGUUGAAAUGUUAAGGUGGAUCAUCGGUAUAUAUUUCCUCAGAUAGAAUUUUUUUAUACUUUGCCAAAAUGAAGAUUUUUCAAUGCUCUUUUCAAAAAUAUAAUA